GUGUGCCUCAGCAGCCUCUUAAUAAUAAAAGAGAUGAGGAAAUUAUCAACAGCAUUAGCAGCCUUAUAUUGUUCAUAACAGGGAGUCCCCCAGUGAAUGCAAACCAUGUAUAUUGUUUUAUGCAGUAUGUGUAUAAUUUUCUCCAUCCCUUCCCUACAUUGAGGAAUAACACAGGGGGAACACUCCCCACUCCAUUUUUAGGUCAACCCAUUGCAGAAAGUCUCCAAGGUUGGGAAGAUGUUCCUCAUCAGGAUUUGAAUUUUGUCCAAAAUGUAUUCCAAUUCAUUCCAGCAGAUGACCAAAAACUUGCUUAUGAUCAUUUCUUCCAAAAACUUGGUCGUGCCCCCAGAGUGCUGGAAUUCUCCCGGUUUCUUUUGAUCUUUCAAGGGCAGCUAUUCCUAGAAAAUGAAGAAUUCAGAGACACACUUGAUCGUCAUCUGAAAACUUUGGAACUGUUCGAACAAAUGCUGAGUUCGAAGGAGACCAUGAUUCAGGUGCUAGGUCAAUGCAACAAUGAAAACAUGAAAGAAGUGGAUAAUUUGCAGAGUCAGAAGAGAAACCUGGAGAGUAUCAUAACCAACGUCCAACAUCAGAAAGCAGAUCUACAGCUUAAAUUCAAUUCUCUGAAGAGAAAACAUGAUCAACAUCUUGCUGAGCUGGAGGAUGAAAGAACGGAUAAGCAACAGUUACAGGCAGACAAACAGGCCCUCAUACAUACUAUCACUGCACAUGAGCAUAACAUAGACAGACUGACAGAUACAGUCAAAGACCUUGGACAGAGGCUCCACAGAGAGAGCAAGGAUAAGUCUGCCAUUUUGAAAGAGUUGUUGGAAAAAUCAAAAUUGGUUUCUGAGUUAGAGGAAGAUAGGGAAAUAUUUAUGAUGGAAAAUGAAGCUCAGGCCAAGUAUUUUUUAGAGUUGAAAGAAGAAAAGAUCAAACUUCAGAAAGAAAAUGUGGAGCUAAAAGAAGCGAUUGAGAUUAGCAAAAUCAUAUUGGCAGAACAAUAUGACAAGCUAAUGAAAAAAGUUGCGGAUUUAGAAAGUGAAAACUCUGAUUUGGAAAAUAAGACAGAGCAGCAAUCUGUUAAAAUCUUAGAUCUGGAAAGUAAGAACACAGAUCUGGAGAGUAAGAACACAGAUCUGGAGAGAAAGACAGAAGAGCAGUCGGUCACAAUCUCAGAUCUGGAGAGUAAGAACUCAGAUCUGGAGAGUAAGACAGAACAACAGUCUACUACUAUCACUGCUAUUCAGCAACAAAACCAAAGGCAGCAAUAUUUUAUUCUCUUCUUGGCAGCUCUUAUCUUUGCAAUGGUCUGUUUACAAUUCCUCUUUCAAGGAAACAAUCUCCAUUCCACAUCAUAGCAUGCUAUGUCAAAAACAAAGACUUUAUUCAUUUGUAAAUAGACAAAGUUAUACUCUAUGCAAAUUAUUGAACAUGUACAUUUUCAUUGUCUUACAUUCACUCUUUGAAUCCUCUACCUUCUAGACCUUUGACUUCCAUUCAUUCAUUCAGAAAUAUUUGCAAACCGUCACAAACUUUUGUAUAUUUUUUUCUACUAAAGAAUUUAUAAUUUUGUAAAAACAUGUAUCCUACAUAUGAACCAACACUAUGUAUAUUUUGACAAUCAGUCUAUUGUGUAUCAUCAGUGCUAUGUUGUGUGUGCUACUGGGUUGUAAACAGAUCUAAUGUUAAUUGUAAAUAUUGAAUAUUUGUACAUAGGAUAUUAUGUAUAUGUAUACUGUAUACUCACAGCUAUAGAACUACUUAUGAUUCUUUGCUGGUCACAUAAGUUACCAAAAUUUAGAGUUGGUAGAUACAUGUGUAUUUCGAUGUUCUUUAUAGUACUAUGAAGAUUAUUGGAAAAUGUUGGAAGUUGAAAAAAUUAAGAGACAGUAUCAGAAAAUGAAAUAUUUGUGAGAAAUGGCAUAUUUGUGUUAUUUAUUGGUCAGUAUAUUUAAGUAUGUUACAUGCAAGUUUUAUCUAUAAUAUUUAGUUACUACAAAUCUUAAAACCAAGUACAGUAAAUGUACUUUAGUGCUAUUUGUAUAGGUAAAUAAUGAGUUUAGAUUGAUAAUUUUUAAAGAGUGCUUUUUUUUGUACUUUAAUGAAAUCUGUGCUUUUACAACUUUUAGUCAAAUUUUAACAUAUAACCUUACUAUAACAGUAUUUAAUUAUUUUUUAUGCGAUUUUAUAUCUGAGGAUAUGUAGGAUGAUAUCAUAUUUAGUUGAUUGAUUUUUCUUUUGCUGCAUGAUACAUGUAAUUGUAAUUAAAAGUGCUAAUUUUUAAUUUAAAUGUAUGAAGGGAAAUAAAUGCACUCAUGACAUUUCAAACUCAAAGCUAACCUUUCCUCAAUGGUCAUUAAACUCUGACGAGCUCACUUUUGAUCUCAGUCUCACUUUUCCAUUGGCCCCCUUAACUAUACUAGUUCUCAAAUUUUAUUUUGACGCACAGUCUUUAAAUACUUUCUAGUAUGUUUUUUAAAAAUUGUUAAUGAUAGCUACAUGAAUGCAGAUCAUAUUGUUAAUGAAUUUCAUUAUCUCAUUUAUGUUGUUUAAGGAUGGCAAACCAUAGCAAUAAUUGAAUAAUAAUCAUGUAAAUAGACCCAUGCUUGUAUACUUUUUAACCUUUAUUGUGUAGUAUUUGAAUAUGUAGUAUAUGUACAUGAAUAUAUAGCUUUUAAAAUAUUAACUAUUUUUUUUAUUUAUCAAAUAGGUUUACACAGAUAUGAAUUGAAAAUAUCCAUAUAUUCUAUGACUGUCCAUUUUGAUGUGUUCUUUUCAUAUUUUUGUCUCAUUUUGAAGUUUUCUGAAUAAUGUGGGUACAUAAAAUGUGUUCAGUAAAUUAAUCCAUAUGUGUACAUGUACUUACAUCAGUAUCAUACACGUAACAUUGCAUCAUUAUAACAAAUUACAUCUGUCAAAGAAAAAACCAAAGCAGCAGGGGUAUUUUGCAAGUUAUUUGACUUCAUUGCUUUUGCAUGUAUUGCUCCUGUAACAAGAAUUGAUCAUGAACAUCCUAUAGAAAAUUGUGUCACACAUGUUUGUACCCACCUGUUACCAUAGGGAAUUGUGUCAACAUUCAUAUCUUAUUUUUCUUGAAUAUAUUGAAAUUUAUGAAGACAAUUUCUGGUAAAUAAAUUUUAAAG